AUGGAGCGUUUCCCGCCCGAGCUCCUCAACAGGCUGGACGACAUCGUCGUCUUUGAGCGCCUGGCGCCCCAGCACCUGCAUGCCAUUGCAGAGCUGGAAAUCGCGGCGCUGGCCCGGAGGCUGGAGCCCCUGGGCAUCCUUGGCUUGACGGUGCGCGCGGGGCAUGCCUGCUCCAGGCGUCCAGGAGGAGUGACACAGAUGCACCCGACGCCAGAGGCAUCGUUGCGAUGCCAUGCCCCACCGAACCCUUCCACCCCCCACCCGCAGGCCUCGGCGGAGCUCAGGGCCUUCCUUGCGCGCGAGGCAUGCGCCGACGGGCGCGGGGCGCGGGGGCUUCGGACCCUGGUCUCGGGCCUCUUGGCCGACGCCGUGGCCGACGCGCUGCUGACAGGGCAGGUGUCCAGGGGACAGGGCGUGCACUUGACCCUGGUCGCUGAUGGACAGGUCGGCGUGCAGAGCCUGCCGGCCGCCGCCGCGCCGCUGGAGAACAACGUGGUCCCCGCCGCACCCACCGCGGGGUCGGUGCCCAGCGUCGAGCGGCGCGCUGACCGGGGCCAGGAUGCCUGGACCCCGGCUUAG